AUGGGGGACCCAACUAAACGUGAGACGGAGUGUUGGAGCAGCGCAGCUAGACAGGUGUUUUGUGGUGUGGUCGUGUCGGCGGCCAUGCUGGAGGUCGGUGCGGUCGUGGCGUGGCCCGUUGUCCUGCCAGGUUUGCAGAGGGACAACGACACGAGUCUAGUCGUCACAGAUGAUGACGUCAAGUGGCUAGUAUCAUCCACCGGGAUCGUGGGCAUGGUCGCCAACUUCUUCGCCGGAUCCAUCAUGGAGCUGGUGGGUCCUCGCCUCCUCCUGACCGUCGUCCUAUUGCCCUCCACCGUGUCCUGGCUGCUGCAAGCCCUGACGCCUUCGCUGACGCUCCUCUAUAUCGGGAGAGUAAGCGUCAGCCUCAUCGCCAGCUUCAUAACGACGCUGACAAGCCCUCUGAUGGCGGAACUAUUCGAGCCGCGACUUCGAGGUCGUCUGUGCUGCCUGCCGGAGAUCUUCGUGGCGAUUGGGCUGCUGGCGGUGUACGUUCUGGCGCAUAACUUCUCUUGGCAGGUCGUGACGUGUCUCUGCGCGGCUCCUCUGCUGCCGCUGUUCUUUCUGACCAUGCUGGUGCCCGAGGUGAGGCGUCUUUCGUUUUGAGUGAGUUAGGAAAGAGAGGUGCGUGUGAUUUGAGGCUUAGCCAUUCAACAUUUUCAUCUCUCUUGGCCUGUGUGAGUCCAGGUCUUUUAGGUAUUCCUUGUUUCUCUGUAGGUGUAUAUUUUGAAAUUUCUAGUAAGGUUUUUGAUGGUGCUUUACAGUCCCCCUUUUGGCUGGUGCGCCAUGGUCGUUUACAAGAAGCGGAGGCAGCUCUCCAUACCCUUAGGGGUUUUAGGAGAUCUGUCAGGACAGAAGAGCUACCAAAUAUCCGUAAUUCUAUUCAAGACUAUCCUCAGACUACCAUC